CAACCGAGAUUGCCUUCAUGCGCAAGUAGUUCGCUAUUUUUUACGGACAAGACAGCACGCUUGUUCCAGCCGGUACUUACGUUUCUGAGUUGCUUAGAGCCGUGUAGAAAUGAGGUACAGUUUGCAGCGCCAUGGAGACCCGGCCGUUUGCCUCCUUCUCCUGACGGCUCUGCUUGGCUUGGUUAGGUGCGGCCCAAAUCCUGGCAUGCGCCUCCUGUUCGAUGAUUCAAUCGUGGAAACACCACCUGAUCACAGGUACAACAUCAAGCUGUACGGAGCAGUGGGCGAUGGUGUUCACAAUGACACCGACGCUGUCCUGGCAGCUCUGAAGGCUGCAUCACAAGCUGUGAACUAUUCCAGUGUGUUGAUUCCGGCAGGCCGUUUCCUCAUUUGGCCACUGCUUAUCGAAGAUUGCAUGAAUACGUGGAUUGAAGUUGAGGGCACGGUCUUGGCGCCGAGGGAGCCGCACGACUGGCCGCAGAAUGAGUACUACAUCAAGUUUGCCAACCCUAACAACUGCAGCCUCGUGGGGCUGGAACACGGAGCAGGGAUCGAAGGCAACGGCAUGGGGUGGUGGGCUCUACCUGAUAUGGAGGACAGUGCACCAUCACUGAUUGUCUUCUCUGGUGAGUUUGACGGCUACCCACAGCCGGGGGUGUUCAACAUCUCCCUGUUCAAUGCGCCGUACGCACACAUCCUGGUCAAGGGCACGCGCAUGUACUCGGGGCCGGAAGUGUCCGGUGUGAAGAUCAUGGCAACGGACCAGGGCGAUUCGGCUGGUAUCGUGGUCAACAACGCCUCCAUGUUUAUCGAGAUGUGCGACAUCGAAGUCGGCGGCGUUAAUGUCAUGAUCGCUACGGGAUACGGGGAUAUGAAUCACGGCUUCAUGCGUGUCUCACAGUCGACGUUGCGUCGCGGCGGUGGCGUUGUCAUGGAAAUGACGGACGGCAUCAUGGGGAAUGUUUCCCUGGACUCGCUCAGCUUUUAUAGUACAUCCCAUGGAAUCCGAGCACUGGGUGCGCAGGACGGUAGUGGUGAGCUUAUCGGCGUCUUCUCCGAUGACCUGUACAUGAUGGAUGUGGGAGUCCCAUUCCUGGUCAGCAAUGACUACUGCCCGAAGAGCCACAAGGGCUGUACACGGCCAGCUAAAGGAGUCAGUAUCUACGCGAUAAAUUUCAUGACAACCAGUGCAACGCAAACGUCCGGUCAGGCGGGCCAGUUCGACUGCAGAGCGGACAACCCGUGCGUACUGACCCUGACGGACGUGGACAUACGACCAGCGCAGCCGGGCAUAGGCAACGCAUUCAGAUGCCACAAUGCCCAGGGAUCUUCAGGUGGAACCGUGUCACCUGUAUCCUGUCUGGAGAAGCCCCACCCGCCUGGGAACUGAACCAGUAGUGACAGUACAGCAAUAACUAUGUAACCCUAUUACAAGACUUAGUGUUGGACAACCGUCUUCUUGGAAAGCACAAUACCCGACUACAACAUGCUAGUAGUACAAUGCUGGCAACUGAAAUCCGACCCCCUGAGCGGUGCGCGCUCACAUCGCGAAGAGUGCCAAAGACCCACCACACGGGAUAGUAAAACUACGAAAAUAGAGACCGCUAGAAUGUGAACUCAUCGCUCAGGGGGUCGGAUUUCAGUUGCCAGCACUGUAGUAUCGUCUAUACAUGAUAAAUUGCUACUAUUAUUAUGUGAACUCUCAUUACACUGGUAUGCAGUAUUACCUUCCAGUUCCACAUAGUCAUUAGUCUAGCAUGGUGUCAUAUAUUUAUCUCAAUUCAGUGUUUUCCGAAGAAUAAAAAAAAAAAAAAAGUAUCGUCUAACUCUCUGGUCUAUGUUAUUACCUGUAGCUUUCUACAAUGUAGAAAGCUACAGUUUUUUUGUUGUCGAGGAUAGGCCUCGACCAAAUAUGCUUGCGCAUAUUUCCGCAUAUUUUGUGAGACAGUUGAUAUUAUGGCAUAUUGAGCAACAGAGGGAAUAUUGGAAUGAAGGCAGCAUAUAAU